CCGCACCUGCCCGCGCCCCCGCCGACAACUUUCCCUGCCUGUUGCGCUCACCGAGCUCGAAGCCCGGCGGUCACUGCCAUGGGCGCCGCCGAGCAGCGCCACGGGUAGGCGGCCCGCGGGGGUCGGGCCGGGAGCGCUGCCAAGGCUCUCCGCCCUCGCCUCGCUCCGCCGCCGCCGCAGCGAUCGCUGCCCCUCGCUCGGCGAGCAUGGAGGUGCAGCUGGGGGUCGGUCGCGUCUACCCGCGACCGGCGGGCAGGACCUUCCGCGGGGCUUUUCAGAGCUUCUUCCAGAGCGUCUGCGACGCCUUCCAGCCGCCGCGAGAGGAACCGGGCGCCGGGCAGCCGCCGCCAAGCGCGCCCUGCCCGCCGAGUCCCCGAGCGCCGCCGGACUCCCCCGCCUGCCUGCCGCCCCCCCCGGGCUGCCUGCCGCCCCCCGAGCCCCGCGCCGCCGGUAAGGCGCUGCCGGCCGCCGGCCCCGCCAUGGGCUCGCCCUUCCCCUGCGCCGGAGAGCUGAGGGAGCUGCUGGGCGAGGCGGGUGCGAUUCCGAUGCUGCCGCCGCCCGAGACCGAGCCGGUGGACAAGGAAGAUCCGCUGGGCGACAGUGCCCGGCAGCUGUGCCGCGCCGUGUCCGCUUCCAUGGGGCUGGCGCUGGAGGCGCUGGAGACUCCGGCCGAGCAGCUGCCCCGCGAGGACUGCAUGUUCGCCGUGCCCGCCGGGCCGCCCCGCGCCCCGCGCCCGCCCGCCCGCGACCCCUCGCCCGCCUUCGAGGCCGCCCUGGCCGCCGAGCCGCCCGCCGGGCCGGGGCUGCCCCGCGGCUUCGGCCGCGUCAAGCUGGAGAGCGCGGCGGGGCCGGCCGCGGGCAGCGGCUGGGGCGGCCCGUGUCGCUUCGGGGCCGAGCUGGUCCCGCCGGGCCCCGCGCCCCCCUGGCCCACCUUCUUCGCCGAGGAGGGGCAGCUCUACGGGCCGUGCCCCGAGCCGCCCGCCGGGUCCGCCGACUGCCCUGCUGAUGCCUGGUACCCACCGGGCCGGGCGCCUUUCGCUGCCCCCGCCCCCGGCAUCAAGAGCGAGCUGGAGCCCUGGGUCGAGGGCUACGCCGGCGCUUACGGCGACCUCCGGUUGGAGCCGGGCCGUGACCAUGUCCUGCCCAUUGACUAUUACUUCCCACCCCAGAAGACCUGUCUGAUCUGUGGAGAUGAAGCCUCUGGAUGCCACUACGGAGCCCUGACGUGUGGGAGCUGCAAAGUGUUCUUCAAACGGGCAGCUGAAGGUAAACAGAAGUACCUCUGUGCCAGCCGCAACGACUGCACCAUCGACAAGUUCCGGAGGAAAAACUGCCCCUCCUGCCGCCUGCGCAAGUGCUACGAGGCCGGGAUGACGCUCGGAGCCCGCAAGCUGAAGAAACUGGGUAACCUGAAGGCACAGGACGACAUCGAGGGAGCCAGCUCAUCCAGCCCAACAGAGGAGCAAGCUCCCAAGCUGGUGAUGACACGCAUUGAUGGCUACGAGUGCCAGCCCAUCUUCCUCAACGUCCUGGAGGCCAUUGAGCCUGGGGUGGUGUGUGCUGGCCAUGACAACAGCCAGCCUGACUCCUUCUCCAACCUGCUGACCAGCCUGAAUGAGCUUGGGGAGAGGCAGCUAGUCUACGUGGUCAAAUGGGCAAAGGCUCUGCCAGGAUUUCGCAACCUGCAUGUGGAUGACCAGAUGUCAAUAAUCCAAUACUCUUGGAUGGGCCUGAUGGUGUUUGCUAUGGGGUGGAGAUCCUUCACCAAUGUCAAUUCCAGGAUGCUUUACUUUGCUCCAGACCUGGUCUUCAAUGAGUACCGCAUGCACAAAUCCAGGAUGUACAGCCAGUGCAUCAGGAUGCGGCACCUCUCCCAGGAAUUUGGGUGGCUUCAGAUCACACCCCAGGAGUUCCUCUGUAUGAAAGCUCUCCUCUUCUUCAGUAUUAUUCCAGUGGAUGGCCUGAAGAACCAGAAGCUCUUUGAUGAGCUCCGCAUGAAUUACAUCAAGGAACUUGACCGUAUCAUUGCCUGCAAGAGGAAGAACCCCACCUCCUGCUCCCGGAGGUUUUACCAGCUCACCAAGGUCCUGGACUCCGUGCAUCCGAUUGCCAAGGACCUGCAUCAGUUUACAUUUGAUCUCCUAAUCAAGGCACACAUGGUGAGCGUGGACUACCCAGAAAUGAUGGCCGAGAUCAUCUCUGUGCAGGUUCCCAAGAUCCUGUCUGGAAAAGUCAAGCCUAUCUACUUCCACGCACAGUGAUCUUUCAGAGGGACUCCCGUGCUGCCACCCCCAUUUCAGCCAUCUCCUGCCUGUUACUUCUGCACUACUGUCCUGCAGUGCCUUGGGGAAUCCCUCUGCGGCGGUGGCCAAGGGGACAGGCAGUGACAGACCUGCUGGGAUUCCUGAGAUUACUAUUUUCCUGGGGUACCUCUGAACUGAACACCUGGCACCGACCUCUGCCUGGCACCAUCUGCUCACGGUGAUGGACAGGGACUGGUGGGGGCAGUGGCACCAUGUCUGAGUGUUCUCCUCUGUUUGUCACUGUGACUCCAGCAGCCCAGGGCCACGGGACAGCAGAAGAAGUGCCAGUGGUUGGUGGGUUUGGGGUGAUUUUUAUAAAAAGAAUACAACACAAAGCAGGUUGCAGCUCCGCGUUUGGGUGUGGGUUAUGUUGCCAGCCUCCUUCUGGAUGUUUUUUUUGCACUAUGGUGCUGGGAAGCAGACAAGUUCAAACACUGCAGAAGAGAAGCAGAGCAGAGCUAGGAGACAAGGCACAUGUGUGGCUGAGGAGUUCACAGGCCCUGCAGCCACUGUGGGAUCUGCUCUGGUCAGCUUGGCCCUAGGACUGGCUUGCACUGCUGAGACAUGAGCAAUGGAGUGGACAGGCUGCAGCACUAGGCCUGCCAAGGAAGAUCACCUUGGAAAUUCCUCAACGAUGGCUGGCUCCUGUUUUCCACCUGGGAUGUUUUUCCUAUGGCCUGUCCAGCUGGGUCUUAUCUGCCCCGCUGACCCCUGGGUGCUCAGCAGUCACAUUCCUGUCCUUGCCAGCUGCUGCUCCCUGACAAAGCUGAACCCACCUCUGAAAGUGCCUGAUGCCCUCGGACCUCACACCUGCCUGGCUCCCCUGGGCACCUGCAGCCCCUGCCCCCACACCUGCUCUGCUCCUGUCAUGGCUCUGCAGACCUGGGAUUCCAACUAUGCUCUUUCCCUUCAUUUGUCCCAAAUAUUUUGUCCCAACUAUUUUUUUCCAAUGCCAGCAGAUGAGUGUUCUGGAGCCAAGACCAAGGCCAGGGUCUACGGGACCUGUGGGACCAUGGGACUCCUCUGAAUCCUGGAGAGGUGGCUGUGGGAACUGGCUGCUGCCAACAUGGCUCUUUGAGGGGCUGCAAGGGAAGCACCAAGAGACCCCCUGCUCUUGGAAGCAGCACACACAGCUCCUGCUGAUGCCAGUGGCUGACUGCAACCCAGGAGGACACCAUCAUGCACUCACUGUCCCAUGUACAUGGUCCUGUAUGCACCCCACCACCCACACACCAUCCCUUACACACCACCACACCCCAUCCCACACACCCAUGUGCACCACCCCACAAACCCAGCUUGUCCCCAGCACACACACAGCAGCCAAGCCUGUGUGCUCUGUGGUGUUUUAGUUCCCCUCUUCCUGCACAUCCUGAGUACAUCAAAACCACCUGCCCAGACCUAGACAGGCUGUCAGUGACUGCACACACACAGGCUGGUGCCAGGGUCACACAUGCCAUCAUGGGCUGUGACAUGGCCUGGCAUUACCAAUCCAGACGUCUAUGAGGGAUUCUUGUGCCAGCACAGACAAACAGCAAACUCUGCACCCUCCCAGGGCAGUGUGCACACCCAGAGCCCUGUGCCCACCCUGUGCCCAGCUCUCCAGGAAAUGCCAUCAUGGUGCAGAUGCUCCUUUACACUCUUGGAGUAAAACAAACAAUUUCCCUGAUACUUUUCAACCUUUUAAUGGGAUUUUCAUUAUAAGAAGGAGUGGGGAAAAAACCCCUAUGGAAGGGGAGGAUCUUUCUUUGCAGUGGUUUUCCUUCCUCUGACAGGUAGGGUUCUGAUCCUGCUCCUCCUCCCGAAAUCUUCUCAUGUAGGCAGCAACAGAAUCCAUAGGUGAACUUUCUGGCUGGCAGCCAGCAGGUUGCUGCUCUCAGAGGCCCCCGCAUACCAGGGGGCUGCUGGCAUUUUCAGUGCUGGUGUGAGCUACAGACAUUUGCAAAUGAACCAGUAAAAAAUUCCAGCUGGUGUAUCCCUGUCUUCUGGAAAUUUCUGGCUCUUCACAGCAGAGCUCAGUGAGCAGAUGAAUGAUGAUUCCCAGUUCCUGUUAUCAGCUCAGGCUCCAAGCAGUCAGAACAGCAAUUUGGGAGAGCUUCGUGCUUCACACAGGCUCGUGUCAGGGAAGGUUAGGUUGGUUAAUGAGUGUGGCAGUGUCCUGCUGGGUGUUCAUCUGCUGGGAGACUAAAAGAGGCCAAACCUAACAGGGAUUUGCCCACCCUGCUUUGCUGGUGGGAGCACCAUGUGAAUGAGAAGUGGGGGAGCAGGGGAAGGAUUCUGGCUGUGUAUCCCCAGCCCAGGACAGAGGGGCAGUCAGGGACAUGGAGGUCAUGUUCUCUGUCUCUUCACUAUCACAGUAAACUUCUGUAACUUGUUUAUUCAAAAGCUGGGUUUUUGCAAUAUGAUUACAGGAAAUGUGGGAGUCAGGACUAGCAGCACCUGUGUGUGUAUUUGCUGGGGGAAUUAAUGAUGUUUCCAUGUGGAUUUUCCUGAGCUGCUGCAGGAACUGGGGAAGAAGAGGCUUUAAGAAAUACCAAAGUCCAACACCUGCCAUUUAUCUUUAUGCUUUUUGUUUUCUUUUGCAUUUUCUUGUCUACUUUUGCUUUAUUAAAGCAAGGAGAAUUUCACUGUGUUCACAGUCCCAAAGAAGGUGUCCCUGAGGCUCUCCUUGGGCUGGCUGAGCCCUAGAGUUGGGCUAAGACCAGCCACCUCCAUGUUCCCCUGUGGAUUCCCUGACCCUGCUCUGGCUCAUCUCAGAGGUGUGGGGGGUUGUGAGCUGGCUCAGUCUGGGUCAUGGCUCAGCCCAUCAGCUCCUGCCCAAGGCAGCAGAUGGAGGACAAAGGAUACAGAUGAUGGCAUCUCCCUGGGAGCAGUGUUUGUGCAUGGAUGGGCACCAUUCCAUUACAGAGGGUGUGGGAUAAAGGAUGCUGCCUUUAGUGAGGGCAGGAGGGACACUUCUUCAGCCCUGUGUCAUGCCAGAAGCAGUGAGACAGAUCAAAUGGUGCAAUGGCAUGCAGCAUUCCCAGGGCAGGUGUCACCAACCUGUGCCCACCUGAGCCUGACAGGCCAGCACCCCUUGCCUCAGCAGGGAGCUCAGCUUAGCAAGAGCAAGAGCCAGGACAACAGCUCUCUGCUUGGAGAGGCUGUGGUUGAGUCUGGAGAACUGGCAGCAUCCACAUGCCACUGCCAUAAUGCCCAAGAGGCCCUUUGUGCUUGGCUCAGGGAACAGGGUGCUCGGUGAGGGAAGUGACGCUGGGGCAGGACCCUCCCUGCAGUACCACUCCUUGCUCUUGGCCAUGGGGUUGUCCCUGUGGUCUGUAGGGAAUGCUGAGGGUACUUGAGGUGUCAUCUGCCUCCCAGCCAGCCCGAGAGCUGCUGCCCUUAGUCACCUCCCACCACUGGCCAGCACUGCAGUCCCUGUGGUGUCCCUCCCCUUGCUGAGCUCUUGCCCUGGAUGUUUCAAUAACAUGAUGUAUGCUAAAAUUAUCUAUCUCUGUAUAAAAUAAAGGCAUGGCCCAUUUUCUAUUGCUAAAGAUAUCUAUUUAGUGACAUGCUCUAAGAGUCCUCUCUGGUUGCACACUGAGGUACUGGAUGCUCUGCAGGAGAUGAGUCAGAACGUGCCAAUUUAAUGGAGACUUUUAAUUAUUUUUCCGGCUGGGUGCUGCCCAGUUUGCAAAGGUCCCCCUUUUUGUGGCAUGCACAGAGCACUCACUAGCAUAGGCUGGGGUUGGUAUCCCCUUCUCCAGCCUUCCUGUGUCUUGAGGUUAGACAGGGACAGUGUUUGCAUUUGAGGAACAACGGAGUGUCCCUUGUUCCUUCCCUCUUUGACUUGCACAAAGUGUCCUCACAGAUUUGGGCAGAAUGCUGGGGUCACAGAGAGUGUCUGUGUUCCACCUGUGUGCAAGAUCAGGGCUGGCUGUGGGCACUGGGAGGGCUGUGGGCAGGCAGGGUGUCCCAGCCCCUUCAAGUGGGUCAGAGCCUCCUCUGCCCACUGGUGCCUGCUCCUUCCCUUCAGCAGCAGAGGGAUGCUGUGCUUGUGACUCACAGAGUCAAUCUCUGCACCCACAUAAACCCUUAGCAAGUGGAUAAAAGCUGCUUUCUGUGCCGGAUAUUUGGUGUUCUGUGGCAAUUUCAUGCUGUUUCUCUUUGUUAACAUGUCUCUGUAAUAGUAAGAGUUCUUUAUUUGAUAUAUUUUACUUUCUUUGUAAUAAGCCAAAAAGCUCAUUGCUGGUGCCUUUUUGCCUGGGGGGGCCUCCCAGCCCACAGCUGUGUUCCUGGGAGUAACAAAGGCCAGUCUGCAAUUGCUCCUUCCACCAGAGCUGAGAGAAAGACAGAAGCCAAUGCCACAGCAUUGCCAGAAGAAAAAGAGCCAGCAGCCUUGGAAAGCAAAGAGACUUUGGGGAAUGAUGCUGGUUCUUUCCUGGGGCCUGGCUCCAAGGUGAGGGCUGAGCAUGGUACUGGGCACGCCUUGUCCCCAUUUCCAUGGGGCUGUGACCCUGGAGACCCCACAAACCACAUGAUGCAGGUGCAGACCACACAGCCUGGUCUGGCCCAUUUUGGAAUUGCAGUGCUUUGCCCAAAUUAUAGCGUGACCUGAGGGUAAAUUAUCCCAGAGAAGGAAUUAGAUGGAUUGCUGACACAGCUGGUUUUCCUUUCUUUUUUUUUAAUUUUUAAAUAAUUUUUUUAUUAUUGGAACUGAAUGCAUUGGAUAAGGAAGAGAGAACCCCAGAGUGUUUUGGUACCAUGGGGGCUGGACUGUGGUGAUAGAUGCUGCUGGGGCCAGUGGGGUGCAGUGCAGGAUGCCCUGGGGACAGCUGAAACUCACAAAUCCCCAUGUGGGACUGAAGAACGUUUAUUUGUGUAACCAAAGAGAGGGGCCUGCCUGGCACCCAGGUAAAGACAUCAUGCUGGGGGUAAACAAAAAUUCUCCUUUCUCUUUCAGCCAUGCCUGGGCCCAUGUGAGCCCCCAGCCAUGCCACAGGGUGGCCGCUCACGCUUGGUGUUCAGUUCUUUUUGCAACCUGAAAAUCCGCUGUUGUUCUGAGUCCAAUAAAUGCAGAAUCUGGUUUGCUGGAGCUCUACCCUCUGCCUGCAUUUGGCUUUUGUGUUGAUUUUGUGCAUGAAAUUGCUGUGGGCGUGAUGGCUGCCAGCAAGCAAAGGUGCUGGGAAUCAGUGGGUCAUUUGCCAGUAGAUGAGGCUGUACAUUGGAUCAUUGUAGGCUUUCUUUCACACUCAGGUUUCACUAUUAAUCACGUCUGAACUCAUAAUUCAAUUACAUAUAAAUUGGCUAAUCCUUUCAUAUAUUCCUCUUUGGGUCUUUUAAAUUGAAUUUCAGUUGAUUAAUGUAUUUCUCAAAGCAAGGAGCUAAUAAAGGCCAGUGUCCUCCUGC